AUGAAUAGGAGAAGAGGUGUCUGUAUCAGAAGAGGAGGAGGAGGAGGAGGAGGAGGAGGAGGAGGAGGAGGAGGAGGAGGAGGAGGAGGAGGAGGAGGAGGAGGAGGAGGAGGAGGAGGAGGAGGAGGAGGAGGAGGAGGAGGAGGAGGAAGAGGAGGAGAAGGGGUUGGGAGGAGGCAUGGCUGUGUGGGGCCGAAGAGCCAUCUCCGUGUGCCACUGUGA